AUGAACCCAGUAGACCAUCCUCAUGGUGGUGGUAACCAUCAGCAUAUCGGAAAAGCCUCUACAAUCUCGCGACAAGCUGUACCCGGUCAGAAAGUCGGUCUUAUUGCUGCUCGCAGGGUACGUGAUUCCUUUCAAACCUCUUUUAUCCCCCUGUUUCAUAUUCUCGUUGUUAUUGGACCUUUGGCUUAUACGUCGACAGACUGGUCUCCUACGCGGUACCGUCAAAACCAAGGAGGUCUAAACCCAUCACGA